AAAAAAUUAAUGAUAGUAAUCCAGUCGAAUUUUCUGUUCCAAAUCAAGUGGCUGCGAGAUAUUAACCCUUAUAAGUAGUACUCACGAAGCUCGAUCAAACUCAAAGGCCCUGCACACAGCAAUAAUGGAUCCAGCCCACCUCAACGAGUUACACGCAGCUGCUCGCGCAUACUAUCGCAAUGCCUCCCAGGACCUUCAGGAGAAAGCAUCGGCCUUCUUUCACGCGAUGGAUAUGGAUCGGAAUGGCCGAGUCAGCUUUUAUGAGUUUGUCACGUUCUUCCGAGAAUGCGGUUACAACUGGAUAGACGGCGACACGUUCAGGACGUUCGACCGCAACGGGGACGGUACCUUGGAUUUCUCCGAAGUCCUGGCGUUGUACUACACCAUGCAAACACGAGGUGUGUGGUGCCGAGCAUGCGGGGUGUGGCUAACGAGGCUGUAUUUUACAUGCCUCGCAUGCUAUGACAGCUGUGGCGACACCUACGAUCUCUGUCCCACCUGCUGUGCCGGCGAUGGCAUUAGCUUCCAGCACUGGCAUCCCUACAACUACUUCAUAGAUAGCUAUGUCUUGCUACGGGCCAGGAGAGGCCAGGCGCCUGCUGCUCCUCCUCCAAAUAUGAGUCUGGCACUAGUUCCUCGACCUGCUCCUCAACAUCCACCUGCAAGGUCCAUAGCUCGGUCGUCGAUCAGCUUCAAAAUCCACAAAGAAGUAGGGAAGCUUCGACCCACAAAGAGAAUUCAUGGUGAACAAAUUGAAGAGAACCCACGAAGAGAAUGUAACUUGGUUAUGUACGAGAAGCUCCACCCACGACACCCAUAAAGAUGAAGGGAGAAUCCAGCUACGAAGAUGAAGAAGCAUCUGUGUAUUUCUGUUCUUGUAUUAUAUUUAUAUUUUUCUUUUUUUAAUUAAAUUAGUUGAUGUGGUAUUGUCGAUUGCACCAUGGGGCAUUGUCGAUUGCACCAUGGUUACGCAUGGCUAUUGUCCAUAAAAGAACUGUUUCCCUUUGUUA